AGAGAGAGAUUAAAAGCGAAGAAGAAAUAGAAAAGAGAAAAAAAAGCUCAUAAAACUUUAGGAAGUGCCGAAGUAGGUCUGACAAUCGCACCUUGCAGUGAGGAAGAAGUAAUUGUGGAGUUUCCAGAAAAUGGUGUUAGGGUUACAGAGCUUCACUCAGAGAAUCGGAGAAGGUGCUGGACAGCCUAUUCUCGAUGCCGAGAAUGAUGAGCAGUUGAUGCACGUUCAACCUGGAGUUGCCAUUGUUCUUGGCAACCGAGCUCCUGAGUCUCCCGGAACUCUGUACAUCUCCACCAAGAGAAUAUUGUGGCUGAGCGAUGUAGAUAGGGAGCAAGGUUAUGAGGUGGGCUUCUUAUCGGUGUCUUUGCACGCUGUAUCGAGGGACCCGGAAGCUUACUCCUUACCUUGUAUUUAUACUCAGAUUGAGACAGAAGCUGGUGAAGAUGAGGAGUCAGAAGACUCAGAUUCAGAAUAUCAUCAGGCCCUAGAUGUAUCUAAGAUCACAGAGAUGAGGCUUGUUCCAUCAGAUCCGAACCAAUUGGAUUCUCUGUUUGACAUAUUCUGCCAGUGCGCAGAGCUAAAUCCCGAGCCAGAGGAAGAGGAAGAAGAACACAACUGGAUUUUUAGUGCAGAUCAGUUGCCAGAUGAUGCGGAUUCAGAGGGAAGGGAAGAAUCCGAAUGGCAGCUCUCUGAAAAUCCUGCCAACCCCAUUGGUUAUUCGAACGGCGACCAUGACCUAUCUCACAGAGUGGUAGAGCUUCAUAUUGGUGAUCAACGCUUUGACGAUGCCGAGGAAAUGGAGCAUGACACUCGCAGCAGUCACCAGUGACCAUCUUGUCUUCUUGUUUUCUUUUCCUUUGUUCAACUUUCUUACCUUUGCAGUUUACAUUUCUUGCUUCUCCAUGUCAAUGGUUUUGGUGUAGCUGUAGACAGUUACCUUUGUUCUACUUCUAAUGUGUAUCACUUUUUUGAUC